GCGCCGCCGCCCGCUGGACUGCUGCUGAGCUGCUCGGCCUGGAGGAGACUCAGGAGAGAGAGAGUUGUCCGACCGGCUGUCAGACACAACGCUGACAAGUGUGACAUUGUCAAUAGCUUCAUGUUGGACCCUUUCUUCAACUUUAUUUAACUAUUUCAUCCGUCCGACCAGAAUGGGAGUUUUUCUUGUUGUUUUUUUCCCCCUUACUUUGUAUUUUUAAACACUAAUUCGAUGUAGUUCGUCGGUCUCCACCUGUCUUAUGCUACACCCAGCAGCUAAUAGCUAGCGUCAACGUUAUGGUUGAUUGCUGGCGUUGACAAAGUUGACAGUUUUCGCCACAACUUACCUACUUUUUGGAAGGUCAUCAGCAUGUUGCAGUGAGCGAUGAAAUUGAUGAUAUUAGGGAUGGCCAUCUUGGGGGCGCAGGCCUGCUCGGACUCGCAGAGCUGCGCGACAACGAUGGCACCCAAUUCUACCUCCAAAGAGUACUGUUACUCUGCAAGAAUUCGCAGCACAGUGCUGCAGGGCUUACCUUUUGGUGGUGUACCGACUGUUCUUGCCCUUGAUUUUAUGUGUUUUUUGGUGCUGCUAUUUGUGUUCUCCAUCUUGCGAAAAGUAGCAUGGGACUACGGACGCCUCGCUCUGGUGACCGACGCUGACAGGAGAAUGGAUCAGCGUUACAGUCGUCUGGAUGAACGGGAAUAUGUGUCUGCUGCAAUGACAACAGAGACACCUGAACGCUAUGAGCGCCUCACAUCAGUUUCCAGCUCAGUGGACAUGGAUCAAAGAGACACAGGCUUCUGCUCCUGGCUUACUGCCAUCUUCCGCAUCAAAGACGACGAGAUAAGGGAAAAAUGUGGCGAGGAUGCAGUACAUUAUUUGUCCUUCCAGCGGCACAUCAUCGGCCUACUCGUAGUGGUGGGCGUCCUCUCAGUGGGUAUCGUUUUACCUGUAAACUUCUCUGGAAAUCUACUUGAGAAUACUGCAUAUAGUUUUGGGAGAACUACAAUAGGGAAUCUGGAUGCAAAUGAUCCACUUUUGUGGCUCCACACCAUAUUUGCAUUCUUCUACCUGUUACUGACAGUAUACAGCAUGAGACGACACACUUCCAAGAUGCAUUAUCGAGAAGAUGAUCUGGUAAAACGGACUCUAUUUGUUAAUGGAAUCUCCAAAUAUGCAGAGGAAACAGACAUAAAGCAACACUUUGAGCAGGCAUAUGAAAACUGUACCGUGCUGGAAGCCCGUAUCUGUUACAAUGUGGCAAGGCUGAUGUAUCUCAACUCAGAAAGGAAGAAGGCAGAGCGCAGCAAGAAAUUCUUCCUUGAUCUGCAGGCUAAAGAGCACAUCACCACCAUGAUAAACCCAAAGCCGUGUGGACAUCUUUGCUGUUGCAUCAUCAAAGGUUGCGAACAGGAAGAAGCAGUGAGUUAUUAUACCAAGCUGGAAGCCCAAUUGAAAGAUGGCUACAGGAAGGAAAGAGAGAAGGUCAACAGGAAACCCUUGGGAAUGGCAUUUGUCACCUUUCAAAACGAGUCCAUAACUGCUAUUAUCUUGAAGGACUUUAAUGCUUGCAAAUUUCAAGGCUGCCACUGUCGCAGAGAACCUCAAAGCUCUGCUUUCAGUGAGAAACUGCAGACACACAAUUGGACUAUAAACUACGCCCCUGAUCCACACAAUGUUUACUGGGAGCAUCUGUCUUUGGGAGGAUUCUCGUGGUGGAUCCGCUGCUUGAUCAUCAACUGUGUCCUCUUCUUGCUCCUCUUCUUCCUCACCACCCCAGCCAUCAUUAUCUCAACCAUGGACAAGUUUAAUGUCACCAAACCAGUGGAGUACCUAAACAACCCAAUUAUUACUCAGUUUUUCCCCACACUCCUACUGUGGUCUUUCUCUGCCUUACUUCCGACAAUUGUUUACUACUCUGCCUUCUUUGAAGCCCACUGGACCCGGUCUGGAGAGAAUAGAACCACUAUGCAUAAAUGCUACACUUUCCUGAUAUUCAUGGUCCUUCUACUGCCAUCCCUUGGUUUAAGCAGUUUGGAUCUUUUCUUUCGAUGGCUUUUUGACAAAAGAUUCUUGGCAGAUGCUACAGUGAGAUUUGAGUGUGUCUUCCUUCCUGACAAUGGAGCCUUCUUUGUGAACUAUGUCAUUGCAUCUGCAUUUAUUGGAAAUGCCAUGGACCUGCUCAGGAUCCCUGGUCUGCUUAUGUACAUGAUUCGUCUUUGCCUGGCUAGAUCUGCAGCUGAACGUAGGAAUGUCAAGAGGCAUCAAGCGUACGAGUUCCAGUUUGGUUCGGCUUAUGCUUGGAUGAUGUGUGUCUUCACAGUGGUUAUGACCUACAGCAUCACCUGCCCCAUCAUUGUCCCCUUUGGGCUGAUGUACAUGCUUCUCAAACACCUAGCAGACAGGUACAACAUGUACUAUGCCUACCUACCUUCUAAACUGGACAAAAAAAUCCAUUCUGGAGCGGUCAACCAAGUGGUGGCUGCUCCAAUUCUUUGCCUUUUCUGGCUACUUUUCUUCUCCACGAUGCGUUCUGGUUUUACAGCUGCAAUCCCCAUGUUCACCUUCGUAGUUUUAGUCAUCACAAUUAUUGUCUGUCUUUCUCAUGUCUGUUUUGGACAUUUCAAAUAUCUCAGCGCUCACAACUAUAAGAUUGACACAGAAGAAUUGGAGGAGACUGAGAAUGGUCAGGCAGAGUGCACAACUGACACAAACAAAGCAGCAAUGUACAUUGCUCUGGUUCUGCAAGAUCGAAAUUUAGAAGCCGGAUCAGGCAGCGGCGAGGACGACGGUCAAGGCUCGUCACAGGACGAGGAAAUAAUUAACGUGGAGAAUGGUCUGAACGAGGACUUCCAGUCUGGAGAAGACAGCCUCAUUGAUAAUGAAGUGCGACACUGACAGACCGAAGAUUAACUUGACGGGAUUGCACUCAAUUAAUGAACUAAACAGGAAAUUGGAACCACCUAGUCCACCAAAGCAUCCCAACCUUGGUGGAGGGACUCCAUAAACUAACAGUCGUGCAUAGUCUACUAAUGAUGACAUGGAUUCUUACAUUUACAGUACUUCACCAGGUCCCUUCAAAGACUACUACUUGCACAAGCAAUGCAUGUCCUGCAAAGUCCUUCAGAUCAGCACAGUGGAAAGACACAAAUGCUUAACGGAGUCUUUUGGCAUCUCCUGGAAGGGAAGUGCUGCUCUGCUGGUUGUCUCAACAUUCUUGCACUUGAAAAGAGAUGACUAGUCUAGUAAGGCGCCGUCACACGGCAUGCUUUCACGUUGAAAAGACGAGAUGAUGUUCCACAAAUGCUCUGCCGCCGUCCCUAAAUGUGGCUUUCAAAGACGAUGUAGUGUUCCCAACAGCCUCAUUGAGUCAUUUAAAGAAGAAACCUCUCUACAGAGCACUAUUUCUUCUCGCACAUUGUCAACAAAUAGUCUCGUAGGGCAUUUAUUAGAACACAUAAAUGUAGCGUAGAAGAUGACCAGAUAUGUUAGCACACUACGUUUACUAGAACAUGCAGCCAGUCGGGACUGCUGUUGAACUGCUGCUACUACAAGAGGACUUUGAGUUGAUUUGGACGUGGAGGGUUGCUACUCUGUUAGGAUACUCACUGUCAUUGUUUUUUUUUUCUUCCUAUAUGUUUACAUCUUAUGCACAGAUUCCGGCAUUUGCAUUAAUUUCAAGUGAGAAUGUCUUGCCAUUCUGGUUAACUUUUGUAUAGGCACUUGAUCAUGUAGAUAUUAUCAUAAGUUGUUGGCAGCAAUGUUACAGCCUCCCAAAGCUGAUUUAUUAAUUAUCCAUCUCCAAUCAUGUCUUAUCUGUGAUAAAACGUGAGGCAGAUAACGCAAAAAAGUCUGAUGCAUUGGACAUCAAAAUACGUUCAGCUCAACUAAGUAACAAACACACUAUAGCACACACAAAAUUGUGGCCUUUUCUAUGUACCCAUGUUAUAACAUCGUGGAGACGACACUGUGAGUCCACCAUUGUUGUAGUUGUUGAUAAAGCCAGUGCUUCAGGCCACUACAUUCACAAAGAGAGACUGCACACAAACCAUAUUGAUGAAUAUAGACUGACCGGCCGGACUGUGAUCACGAGUCACAUUAUUUUGGUCCUUAGAACAAAAUUGUCUGGUGUUCUCAUAUGAUUCGUAAUAAGACCUUUGUUGUUGUCAUACCUCAACGUUUGUAUACCUCCAACAUGUCUUGAAGUCUCUAAACGUGUCCUGGUGGGUAGUGGGAGGGAUACUUUGAAAACACUAUUUCUUUAACGUUGAAUGUCGCUGACCUCUGCAACUUUUGAUGAAAAUUUAGCAACCAUGAGCUACAGUAUGUGCUAUUUUGUAAAAUAAUUGAACUGACAAAUGUUUAUCUACUGUGUGUCAGUCUCUUAGCUUUAGCCAUAUUUUAUUAUUUUACACUUGACUUGUAAUAACUCCUUCACAUUUGUGAAUCAUGUUCCCUUUCCAAAUCUUAACUACAUCUGUGGGCUCACUGGAAAUAAAACUAUAUGUGUA